AUGUACAGGGUUACCAAGGUGAAAGAAAGAUUUGUAGAUAAAGGAAAUCUCAGAAUCCAAAAACUGAGGGUCGCUGAUGCGCAGAGCGCAGAGCCCUGGGAAGAACAAAGGCAACAACCCGGGAACAACGACCGCUACAGCCAUGGGAACAACAAUGGCCACAACCUGGGGAACAACGACCGCUACAGCCCUGGGAACAACAAUGGCCACAACCUGGGGAACAACGACCGCUACAGCCCUGGGAACAACAAUGGCCACAACCUGGGGAACAACGACCGCUACAGCCCUGGGAACAACAAUGGCCACAACCUGGGGAACAACGACCGCUACAGCCCUGGGAACAACAAUGGCCACAACCUGGGGAACAACGACCGCUACAGCCAUGGGAACAACAAUGGCCACAACCUGGGGAACAACGACCGCUACAGCCAUGGGAACAACAAUGGCCACAACCUGGGGAACAACGACCGCUACAGCCCUGGGAAGAACAAAGGCAACAACCCGGGAACAACGACCGCUACAGCCAUGGGAACAACAAUGGCCACAACCUGGGGAACAACAACGGUCUCAGCCCCCCAGAAAAACAACGGCUACAACCCUGGGAACAACAAACAGACCAGGAGGGAUGACAACAGAGAGGGGACUAAUGCACAGAAUGGAACGAUGGCGGGCCGAGAAACUACGGUAACAAACGGCAGUACAACAGAGAAAUGGACAACUAAAACAAACAUUUGUUUCAGAAGUUCCCUUAUCUCAGCAUGA